UGUUACAGUCUUGCUGCUCUUGGAUUGCCCUUCUGUGAUGAUCGCUCUUGGGAAACUCGUCUAGCAUCCAUGUAUAGCAGAGCGCAGCAGGCUGCUUCUCCCUCAUCGCUCUGUACGUCUGCAGGGAUGGUUUGGUUUUACUCGAUCCCCCACCUCCAGUCCCACCCAGCUCCAACCACUUCCCACAGCAGAGUACCUCUAAGUGGGGCAAUUGUGUUUUUUUCUGUCCCUGAAACAUCUACUCCAUCUCUGCUCUCCGUUUCUGAGUUCUCUUCACAUUUGACCUUUGUCACUCCUGGCAACACUGAGACAACAGUGGCAUUAUGGGAUAUGGAGUCUGGAAGUGUCAGCUACCACCGUACAGAAGGCAAGGCUGUGCCAGUGCAGCAUGGCGGAGAGAGACAUAAUAGACUGCUGAUGAAGAGGUCAGGUGUGUUCCAGGUCUUUUUCUCCAUGUCCCAGCAGGAUUUAUUAAGCAGGCUGAUGCUGUUUGGCAAUGCAGCAACAGUGGACACAGUCUGUCACCUCAACAGCUGGGGGCACUGCUCCAUCCCCUUCCAUUCUCUACAGGCUGGACUGAAGAACCGACAGCUUGACACAGUGGAUUUGUACCUCAAAAGUAAAGAAAAUGUCCUGAGCCCUUCAGCAACAGCUGGUGUUUCAGAGCAGUUAGCAGACUCCAGACAGAGUCUCAAAGACAGUGUCCAGGAGUUGUUCCUUGCACUGGACUUGUUGUGUUCCACUGUCAGAGACUUAAAUAGUGAAGCUCAGAGUCGACAGUUCUCUGAGCAACUGUUACACCUCACCCUGACCUUCAUCAACACACAGAUCCGCUCUGUGCUCUCUCGGCCGCAAUAUGAGCACUCAGAUGUGCAAAGCAGUAUACAAAUUCUUGACAAGUACGUCACAGAAUUGAGGAGUUAUAUUAAGAAAUUCCCCAGGGCUUCAGGGGGCAGCACAUCUAAUACCCAAGCUGCCCCUCUUCAGGAAAUUGGAGAUGAAUGGGAACAACUUUCAACUGAGGAAGUGAUCUGUCAGUCAAUCCUGACCAACCAGAUCCCUAGAGCACAGGCUGUAAUGUGGAGACAGAGUCGGCCUGAGCAGCAUCUGUCAGGCCUGAGGAUGGUUGGGCUGCAGCAUGUUUUGUUCUGCUUACAGUGCAAGGAUCUUGAGUCUGCCAAAAAACUCUUGACCAACAUGGGACUAAGUCUGACGAAAGAGCUUCACAACAUCUGCCUUUAUACCAACGACAGAGACCUCCGGGAAUUAUUGGUGCAGGAUCUGUCAAACCAGAAUAUUUUGGCUGAAGUUGAGAUGCAGAGUGUUUCAUUCAUCAGGGAGAUAGAGAAGCUUGGCUUACUACCAGCAGUUUUCUGCUCAGCUAAUCAUCUUUCACAAAGGUUACCUCAGAUGGUUCAUAAGGAGCUAGAUACUGAAGAGGUGCUGAAGGAACUGGUCCAACAGAGGAGCCUUGAGGAAGUCGGAGAACUCUGGAAGAACCUCCGACUGGACUGGGUGAAGAACUGGGAUGAGGACUGCCAGACAGCUGUUUUAUUAUCCAGAUGGCAGCACAGAGAGCUGAGCUGCUGUGACUCUUCAGUGUUUUGGCGUAACCUGACUGCUUUUCACGACCAGCAGCAGGUGGUUGACUGGAUUCACAACCAAAGGACCUCCAGGUCCCCCUGUUGGCCUGGCAUAACUUCAGAGAUGGUGAACAAUAACACUGUGUGCAGCAUCUUCUUCAAGGAGAACAUCCUUGACCUUCUAGUUGGGAAAGACGUGUUCAUCGCAGAGGAGAUGUCAGACUUCGAGCAGUUGUUAUGGCGGCUUGCUCAGGGUGAAGGGCUGAUGGCUUUAUCCCCUCCAGUAACUCAGUACCGCUCCUCCAUGGGCCUUGACCUACACAGCAUCUUCAUCACUUUCUGCCUGGACCAUAAUCUUCAGUACUUGCUUUAUACCUACCUGGAGCACUACAGACUGACACCCAGAAACUGCCCCAUCCUGACCAAUCAGAACAUGUUUGAGAGUCAGCCUUGGUUUUGGAUGCUGGUGAAGACCCAGGAGAUAAUGAUAGACCUGUCAGAUCCAGAACAGUUGUUCCAGGCCAGUUUGACCAGUGCUCAGCUGCUACUACCUGGCAGCCAGGGAUCUCUUAGCAGCCUGUUGUUGGAGGGCCACAGUCUGCUGGCUCUUGCUUCCAUCAUGCUUGCUCAUGGUGGAAUUGACCUGGUGGUUUCUCAGGGACAAAGGUCAAGAAGUUUGGAGUGCAAAGUUGACCCCCAGCUCAUGAAGAUGGCGCUGGCCACCCAUUACAGGUUAAGAGGGGCCCUCUUUCCCUCUGGAUCUUGUGGGAAUGGCCCAUCCUCUGAUGUCUCCAUUUAUCACCUUCUUCAGUCGCUCCACCCUUUUGAUCCAUCCAGGUUAUUUGGUUGGCAGGCAACAAACACUCUGAGCUCCACGGAAAUAUCCGAGCUACCUCAUUUUUCCAGCUCUCAUCUGGUUGGCAAGUUCGCUCUGGCGGAAAAUCUCGACUUUCUUUACUACAUCCAUCAUGGCCGACCAUCUUUUGCAUAUGGAAACUUUCUCAUCCAGCAGCUGAGUUUCUGCAGUGAUGUGCAGUUGCUGCUGCCGAACGUCUGGCUACAGGUGUAUAGGUUGGCUGUGAAGUGUUUCAAUGUUUCAUAUGUCACAUCAUCUGCAGUUUGUUUUUGUGAACUGCUGGGAAUCUGCAGCCGAAAGCUGAGAGUCGACAUCAGAGCAAUGAAUACUAUCCUUCAGCACUGGAAUCAACUCAACAGCCACACACCAGCCCAGAAUCUGCAAACCUUAAUGUCUAAAGCUGUAAAACUGGUGAGUGCAGAGCCAAAAGCAGAAGAGAUGCUUGUUUACCUGGAAGUUGCAGUGACAGACAGUCUGGAGCAGAGGGGUAUCAGCAGGUCAUCGUAUGAGGCAGCUCAAGAAUGGGCGUUACCCGUUCAGUUUUGUCGCCUCCACUGUCUGGAGCUCAGUCCUCUUUAUCCAAGCCACUGUGCCAAGGACAGGCAAUUUAUACACUUUUUACUAUUUGUCCAACGACACAACUUUCCACCACGUAAGGUGAGAUCUCUGGUCUGUCUCUUUGACCCCAUCUUGCAGACUCAUCUUAGCCUUGCAUUCCAGGACUUGCAGGUGCAUUGUCUGAGAAUGGGCCAAGGCCCUGAAGAAGAGUUGGGAUUACUGAGAAGAGAAGAGCCCCCUGGGAGCUCUGAACACCCCAGGGAGCUGUUCCAGGUGCUGCUGCAGAGCCAGGAGGAGCAAUUGGCAUCCAGGUUUCUCCUACAUGAGGCGAUGGUUCAACACUGCCCAGUGCUGGCGGUACUUGCUGCCAGUCUGCAGGAAACAGAGCUGUUGCCCUGCCUGUGUGUGUGGAUGCUGACCUCUGUUGAUGAUACUACAAAAAAAAAGGCCACAUCUCACCUCCCUGAAGCACCCCAGCACCAUGAAUGGACACUUCAUGAUCUGUCAAUCAUCUGGAGGACACUGCUGUGGCUGGGUCACGUCAGGGUCCUCCUGAGAGGAUUUGAGCUUUUUCAGCAGGACUGCCCUCUUGUGUUGGUACUGAGAAUGUUUGAGUGGUGUUGUGAUUACAGGAAAUUCACUGUAGCCAAAGGGAAGUUGUUGGACUUUCAGAGGACACUUAUUACAACGCAGGAAACGACAGACACUGAGGUUCAUCGCACUGCUAAGCAGAAUCAUCACUGGAAAUCAUGUGGCAUGCUCAGAAAUGGUGGUCCUGCCAUCGCAGGUAGCUUCCCACUCCAGUGGGUGGAGAGCCAGGCCUCAGUAUUGCUUCUCACCAUGCUCCAACGCUGCUCAUCCCAGUACGAUCUUCACCGGCUGCUACAGCUCCUGGCUGAUGUUGACAAACUUCUCAAAUCAAAUGGUGAGAUUUUUGGAACUGUCACCUCAUAAAAUGAUUGCAACACU